AUGGUUGUCUACACUUGGGAUAAUUACAAAGGAUACCACAUACAUCACGAUAAUGAUUUUCAAUCUCAACUUCCAACAAAGGAAGCAACAACUCCAAUAAAUGGUUUAAACUCGUUACCAUGGUCAAAGCAUUUAGUUUUACCAGAAAAAACAUCCAAUACCACGCCAACUCAAUUACAAACGAACUCCACGUCAAAAACAAAAUCUAAGAAGUUGUCUAAACUGGAAAAACGUGAAAUCAAACAAGUUAAAAAAAUCAAUGCACAAAAAAGAAGACAACUGGAAAGAAACAAUUUAAUUGAAUCAAGUUCCAAUGGCGUAGAUGUUGUAGCGGAUCAAAGUCCGUAUAUGACAAAACAGGAAUUGAAAAGUACUUAUAAUCGAAUAGUUCUACAUCAAAAGAAACAUCUUGAAUCAACAUUUAAUAAAAAAAUUUCAAUACUGGAAGAUUUUAAGAUAUUGAAAUAUAACGCAAUUUCAAUCUACAAGUCUGAUUUUCAAACUUUAUUACCAAACGAAUGGAUAAAUGAUAAUAUAAUAUCACUUAUUUUGGAAUUGAUAAAAGAAACUUUUUUCAAACCAACUAUUGCUCCUUCCACUAAUCAAAUUCAAUUGCUCUUUCCAUCCAUUGUUCAACUAAUUCAGCAUUUCCCAAGUGCAGAUGUGGAAAAUUUGUUACCAGUCGCAGAAUUAAAGAAAUCAAAAUUUGUGUUCUUACCUAUAAAUUUGAUAGAUGAUGAUGAAAUCAACAGUCAGAAUAUAGAAUCAGAAAACAACGGAGAUCAUUGGAUACUAGGAAUUUUGUCAUUGAUUGACUACAAGCUAUUUAUUUACGACUCAAUGGUGUUAGAGGACGAUACAAAAUCGGAUUUGCAAUUAUUGAAAAUUUGCAAAAAACUCGAAAGUUGUACCACUUUAAUUCCUCAAGGUAAAAAAUUAAAAUUAAUACAAAUGAAAUGUGAUCAACAAAAUAACUUCGACGAUUGUGGAGUCUUUGUAAUUAUGAUUAUUUGCUAUUUGAUUAAUGAGCUAUUAUUUGGUGAUGAUUCACAAGCUGAUGACGAAAGUGCUAAGAGAAAAGUUUCUUUGAAUAUUGAAAGCAUUAAGUUCAACUCGUUGAGUUGUAGAUUGGCUAUAAUGAAAUUGAUUUCAAAGCUUAUGGAAUAUUAA